UCGGCGCGAUUUGUCGCCAAAUUCAAAUCCAUUAGCAGUGGCGCUUUUUCCUCAAACUCACAAACCAUUGUGUUGCCGCUUAAAUGCUUGAGCUACCACUGCAAUAGCGACAAGGGCGCGUUUAUACGGACAUAUGAGGACGACGUAAAUAUUGAUUUUAACUUUUUAGAGUUUGCUGGUGUCCAAAUUCUCCUCAAUAUGAAGUGUCCAAACUACACUGAGGAUUCCACGGUUUUAUGCCACAUGGAGAAGACUGAAACAGACCUGGGUGAGGUGAAGGGCCAUAAGGUUUCGCCACGAAAAACAGGAGCCCUCCCCCUGCGCUCCCCCGCAGCCACCAAUGUCUCCACACCUCUGGAGAGCCGAAGCAAAGGCCCCCAUAAUAAAGAAAACUACCAGAACAAGAGACAUUCACUGGAUAUGGCAUCAGAUGAUGAGGUGAUCUUCAGUGGCAGCGGCCUGACCGAAGACAGCGGUUACCUUUCCCUCCAUAACAGCCAGGUGGACGUGGACGGACUGGACUCAUUAGAGAGGAGUGAAGAGAAUUGUGUGUCCUCUCAAUCCUUGGACGUUGAGUGUCAUUCUGGACCCUGUUUACCUGUGCUGAACUUCCAGGAGGAGGCCUGCCGAGAGCUGCAGAGGAGCUACAAGAAGAACCGAAGCUACGAUUGGACCGUCGUCGAUAAAGUGGCGGAGAAUUUUGGGUUGCAUAAUGUGAUUGGUGGAAAAAUGGGACGGCAGUUCGUGGAUAUCCUCUGCAAGCUGAUGAGGAAGGACAUGAGGCACAUUCUUGCCAGGAUUUUGGGCCUGCUGGGAGAUUGUGACUUGAUAAGCUGUACGAAAGUAAGCCGGACGUGGAGGAAAAUAAUUUGUCAGGAUCAGUUGGCUCUUCAGCGCUGGAAAAAAGCAGAAAAAACACGCAGGGACUCGGGCCGGUCUAUGGGAUCUUUAUCUCGAGACUUCACCUUGGACAGGGUGGUGUUCUCCUGCAUGCAGACCGUUUCCUCUCCACCCGCUCACAAGGCUGUUAAGAAGCCGCCAUGCCAGAUGGGUGGAGCGCAAAAUGCGACUAAAUCAAGCCGGUUUCAACAGUAUGUAGAGGCAGCACAGUCUCUGAAACAGCAUGAAUCCCUGCGGCGCUGCUCCCGCUGCAGUUCUCCGGCACGCUUUGAUGCAGUAAUGCAGAGGGCCGUUUGCACACGCAUCAGCUGCGCCUUUGAGUUUUGCACAUUGUGUCAAUCUGCUUUCCAUGACUCCACUCCGUGCCGAAACACCAUCCGGAGUUUUUCCUCCACACAAAAAACACUGGUUGCCGGCUCCGCUCGAAGCAAGAGGAGCAUCCGUCGCCUCUGAGCGCCACAUAAGAGGAAAAAAAAGCAAUGUUACAAGAACUUUAAAAAAAAAACUACCUGUUGGGUUCUUAAUCGAUUUAAAAGACUUUUAAACAUGUGAAUAUUUUAUCUUCCAGAAUGUGAAGUGAAUUUUGGCCACGUGUGUGGUCACCGCACAGAGUGAGAGAAGGAGAAAAAAAAAAGAAAAGAAAAUACAAUCCUGUAUGCCAAAAGAAAAGACUUGAAGGAGGUCAAACAGCCUCUCAAGGUUUUGUAAAUGCUGUUUUAUAAGAUUUUAUAAAUGUUUUAUCAAUGAAAUGAAGCAUUGCUGUUUGUCUUAAUGUAAAUAUUUA